CGGAGCGGCCGCUGCUCAAUGGCGGAAAAGCCGCCGGUGCUCUGACCGCCUGGUCCUCCCCUGGCAGUUGCGGGGGAGUUUCCUGCCGGCGCGGCUGGAGUCUCUGUUUCUCCGUGUCCGGUGGCUGGAAGAUGCUCCAGAGAGAUCAGGCUGCGGCGGAGGUGGCGGCGGCGGCCGAGUCGGCAGCGGCAUUGGGUUGGAGAGAAGGCGGCGGCGGCGGCGUGAGGGGCCGGACGGUGUAAACAGCCCGGGCGGCGGUGGCCGAGCCCCCGAGGGCGAAGCGGCGGCUGAGGCGGUGUCGCUCCUCGGGAGGAAGCCGGGGGCCGCGGGCGGCUGUGUGGCGGGCGAGCCCGCGAGACCUCGCCUCCCGCCUUCGCCUCAGAUUCAUUAUUAAACAUGGGUGCAUUUUUGGAUAAACCCAAAACUGAGAAACACAAUGCCCAUGGUGCUGGGAAUGGUUUGCGUUAUGGCCUGAGCAGCAUGCAAGGAUGGAGAGUAGAAAUGGAAGAUGCGCACACAGCUGUUGUGGGCAUCCCUCACGGCUUGGAAAACUGGUCAUUUUUUGCAGUUUAUGAUGGUCAUGCUGGAUCCCGAGUGGCAAAUUACUGCUCCAUGCAUUUAUUAGAACACAUCACUACUAAUGAAGACUUCAGGGCGGCUGGCAAGUUAGGCUCUGCUCUUGAACCCUCAGUGGAAAGCGUUAAGACUGGGAUCAGAACAGGCUUUUUGAAAAUUGAUGAGUAUAUGCGUAACUUUUCAGACCUCAGGAAUGGGAUGGACAGGAGCGGUUCAACUGCAGUGGGCGUUAUGAUUUCACCUACACAUAUGUACUUUAUCAACUGUGGUGACUCCCGAGCUGUUUUGUGUAGGAAUGGAGAAGUCUGCUUUUCUACUCAGGAUCACAAACCUUGUAAUCCAAUGGAAAAGGAGCGCAUCCAAAAUGCAGGAGGCAGUGUAAUGAUACAGCGUGUGAAUGGUUCAUUAGCAGUAUCUCGUGCUCUUGGGGACUACGAUUACAAGUGCGUUGAUGGCAAGGGCCCAACAGAACAACUUGUUUCUCCAGAGCCUGAGGUUUAUGAGAUUUUAAGAUCUGAAGAGGAUGAAUUUGUCGUCUUGGCUUGUGAUGGGAUCUGGGAUGUGAUGAGUAAUGAGGAGCUCUGUGAAUUUGUUAAGUCUAGGCUUGCAGUGUCUGCUGACCUGGAGAGUGUGUGCAAUUGGGUAGUGGACACUUGUUUACAUAAGGGAAGUCGAGAUAACAUGAGUAUUGUAUUAGUUUGCUUUUCAAAUGCCCCCAAGGUGUCAGAUGAAGCAGUGAAAAAAGAUUCAGAGUUGGAUAAGCACUUGGAAUCACGGGUUGAAGAAAUUAUGGAGAAGUCUGGGGAAGAUGGAAUGCCUGAUCUUGCCCAUGUCAUGCGCGUUUUGUCUGCAGAAAAUAUCCCAAAUUUACCUCCUGGGGGAGGUCUUGCUGGCAAGCGCAAUGUUAUUGAAGCUGUUUAUAGUAGGCUGAAUCCACACAGAGACAGUGACGCGGGCGCUGGAGAUCUAGAAGACUCAUUGGUAGCCUUAUAACCUUCUAAAAUGCUUUUGAUUCUGAAAAUUGGGGGAAAACUUUUAUUCACACUUUCUUCAAUACAAGGGAAAAUAUUCUUGUGGAUUACCACUGUUUUGUGAUAUGAGCAGAAAACCAUUAGCAUUUCCUAUCAUUUGUUCAUAUUUGUAUUUCCUAGUAUUUCCCACUCAAAGCAUUGCCUGUACUCUACAGUGUUUUUUGCCUACCUAGGCAUCUGGUUACAACUGUAUUGAAUUUUUGACCCUAGAGGAAAAAAUGGAAAUAUCUUACCACAAAUCAACAAAUACGCCUGAGGUGCAUGGGAAUAUAGGUAGCUAUACUCUGAAGAUACAGUACGAGAUUUUUUUUUUCUUAAAGCAAAACAAAACACAACAUAUAAGCAUGUAAGAAUAAAGAAUUGUAAGAAAAGUUCUGAUUUUUCAGUGUACCAAGUUGGAAACCUUUUGUAGUUCUAUGGCUUGGAAUUUCAUUUGAGCAAUUUACUAUAGGCUAUGUUAUUUAUUAUUGUUAUUUAAAUUUUUUCCAAUUUACUUGUAUUACCAAACUGGGUUCUCCAGUAAUGUUCACGUUGUAAUGUUGCCUUGUUUUAAGAUAAGGUGUUUGGCAAUAGUGUAAGCCCUUAGAAAUUUUAUGCAUGUGUCUACUCCAUCCUUCAACUCUUAUUAGAAUAUAUUUGAAACCAAAUGAAUUAAUUUAUGGCUAUUUAUAAUUUGCUUUUUCAUCUUCCUACGAAUUAUUUUAAUUGAGAUUUGCUUUUAUAGUGUAAAUUGUGAUUUUCUUUUUGUUUUAUAUGUGGAUUUCUGUAGUUUUAAUUUUUUUCAGUUUUCAAGAUACAAGUUUUAUGUAAUUUGGUAUAAUUUUUAACUGUUCAUGUUAUUUUUAAAGCUUAGAAUAUCACAUCAAAAUACUAUAAAUACAUUUAAAAGUAUCUAUUUUAGAUCUAAGGAAAUACAGAGAUAUUUUCAUGGGUUUAGUAAUCUUUCAUUUUAUAGCAUUUGGCACGGUACAGAGUGGAUGUCACAUAGGUACUUAAUUUCUGAAUUCUUGUUUUUUUUUUUUUUAAGUUUUGCAUGUAUUAAAUUCAGUGCUGAACAUGAAGAGUAAAAUAUUUAUCAAAAGGAGGUUUCUGGAGUUCCAAAAAGUAAUGAAUGUAGAUGCUUUGUAAACAUAUUCCUAUAUGUUUUAAUUGUGUUCCAGCAGGUUGUAGUUGCCCUUGUGUGUAGUUAAAAAUGAGUCAUUAUCUGGUCCUAUGUGAAAUGGAACUCACGGUAUUUCUACUGUGUUGCUUUCCUAAGGCUGUUUCUGGGGAGCCACAUAUUUGAAUAUAGACAGCUUUCCUGAUCACUUGAUUUUUUUUUUUUUUUUUUGUGCACCUGAUUUUUGCUCUAAAAGGAAUUACUGCCACAAGAUAUUUUAUUUAUUCUUUAGAUUUUAGCCUUGUAAGUUAAAGUGCUUUACAUGAUGGUGUUAAAAGCUACUUGUCUCUUUAUCGGAGUUUGGGGGGUUGUUAAAAAGAUGGGGAAUGAAGAAUUUAUUGUUUAACCUGUCCACUCUGAUCUGACCCUGUACUGAUAGUACCUUUCCAGUAUGGUAUUGUGAUGUUUCAUACUAUGCAGUGAGCAGAACCACCUUGUUACCUAAAUAAAGAAUCGAUUUUAAA